CACACAUGCUAAACUCAUUUUCUUUUUGUAAUAACUUUGUCGGGACUCAGCUACACUAUAUAGUACUAUAAUAUUUAAAGACACGAAGAGUAGAGAAGAAACUCCAUAACCUAAUGAGCUCUUAAACUAAAAAAAAUUGAAGUAUAGAGAGAAUUAUAUUGAUGAUGAAGAAGAAGAACAUAGGAACUAGUUUGAUUCUUCUCUUAGUGCCUUUGGCAUUAUUACUAGUUCUUUAUGUGAACCCACCUCACUAUUCUUCUUCUUCUUCUUCGAAAACCUCUCUUCAUCUCUACACUAUUAAUCCUCAUCGAAAGCUCAUUUCUCAUAUUCUCUUAACUUCGUCUUCUGAAUCUUCAAGUAGUUACGCGGUCAUAUUUGACGCGGGUAGCUCUGGUAGUCGUGUCCAUGUUUACCAAUUCGACUCCAAUCUCGAUCUUCUUUCUAUAGAAGGCGAGUUGGAGAUUUAUGAUCAUGUUGAACCGGGAUUGAGUUCAUAUGCUAGUAAUGUUACUGCUGCGGCGGAGUCUUUGAUUGGUCUCCUCCAAAUAGCUGAGGAUGCAGUUCCUCAGGAUCUGCAUUCCUCCACACCCGUUAGGGUUGGGGCUACUGCUGGGUUGAGAUCUUUAUCUGGGAAUACCUCAGAAGAAAUUUUGGAAGAAGUUAGGAAAUUACUGAAAGAAAAAAGUGACUUCAAACUUGAAUCAGAUGACUCAGUUGCUGUUCUUGAUGGAAUUCAAGAAGGAUCAUAUUUGUGGGUAGCAAUAAACUACUUACUUGGAAAUUUGGGAAAAGAAUAUGGAGAAACAGUUGGAGUGGUUGAUCUUGGAGGUGGAUCAGUUCAAAUGUCUUAUGCUAUUUCUGAAAAAGCUUAUUCAAAUGCACCAACUCCAAAAAAUGGAGAAGAAACAUAUGUCAAGGAAACUUAUCUCAAAGGCUCCAAAUAUUAUCUCUAUGUCCACAGUUACUUAGGUUAUGGUUUAUUAGCUGCAAGAGCAGGGCUUUUAAAUGUCACUGGUGAUUAUGGAAGCCCUUGCAUUUUGGAUGGCUAUAAUGGUGAUUAUACGUAUAGUGGUAUAACUUAUAAUGCAUCAGCAUUUGGCUCAAGCAUCUACAAGUGCAGAAAAGUAGCUGAUAAAGCUCUUAGACUAUCAGAUUCAUGUUCAUACAUAAAUUGUACAUUUUCUGGGAUAUGGAAUGGAGGAGGAGGAAUUGGAGUGAGUAAUCUUUACGUCGGUUCCUUCUUUUUCGAUAGGGCGGCUCAGGUUGGCUUUAUCAACAAGAGUGACCAUGUUGCCAAAGCUUAUCCAGCACAAUUUAAAGAUGCAGCUACUCUUGCUUGCCAAACUAAAUUUGAAGACGCUGCAUCUGUAUUUCCAGGUGUAGACAAGUCUGAUUUACCUUAUAUUUGCUUGGACCUUGUUUACCAGUAUUCCUUGCUUGUUGAUGGUUUUGGUUUGAAGCCAUGGGAAGAGAUUACUUUGGUGAAGAAAGUGAAAUAUCAAGAUGGUUGGGUUGAAGCUGCAUGGCCACUAGGGAGUGCCAUAGAAGCUGUCUCAUCAUCAUCAUCAUCAUCAAAAUCUCAACUUUGAUGAGCAUGAGCAUGGCUACACCUAAUUAGUGAUUAUGUGAAGAAUUUGGGCUCUGAAUAAUAAUUAAUGUUAAUUAUUGGUUUGUAUUUGAGUUAGUUAAUUUAAUUAGAGACUGCUCAAUUAUUGUAACCAUCUAUUCCCAUAUAAAUAAUCUAAUAAAUUUAUUCAGAGCCAUUUUCAAAUU